UAAUCUAGCAACAACCUCGUCUGCUUUAUUGUUCUUUCCUUCUUUUCUAUUUUUUCUUUGGGAAAAGAAAAUCGUCAAAAUGGUAAACGUGCCGAAACAGCGUCGCACCUUCUGCAAAAAGUGUAAGUGUCACAAGUUGCAUAAAGUAACCCAAUAUAAGAAGUCGAAAGAGCGAAAAAGCGCACAGGGUAGACGUCGUUAUGGUAGAAAACAACAGGGCUUCGGUGGUCAAACAAAACCCAUCUUCCGGAAGAAGGCUAAAACUACUAAAAAGAUUGUCUUGCGUAUGGAAUGCACAGAAUGCAAAUACCGCAAACAAACUCCAUUAAAGCGUUGUAAACAUUUCGAAUUGGGUGGCGAUAAAAAACGAAAAGGACAAAUGAUUCAAUUCUAAAUUUGGUUAUAAGACCUCUUUUUUACCGCUUCUAAACGUAGUU